CCCGGCUGUUUGCACAGAACACCUGGAUUUGUUCAAUUAUGGACACUUCUGUGAAAAGGGCGGGAAAAUGCACAGAGGAAGCGAAAGACGACUUAAAGGAAGCUGCAGCGGCUUCUUGCGCUCAGAGCUCCCGUUGCUGUUGCCAGAAAUGUGUCCCUGGAUUCGUUCCAACAAAUUACCGCAAUGAGCUGGUGCAACUUUUCAAACUAGCGGGACCAGUGGUCAUUUCCCAGUUGAUGAUUUUCAUGAUCGGUUUUGUCAGCACGGUGUUCUGUGGUCACCUGGGGAAAACUGAACUUGCAGCUGUAGCAUUAUCAAUUGCGGUAGUUAACGUCACUGGUAUUUGCAUUGGCACCGGUUUGUCGUUAACUUGUGAUACCCUCAUAUCUCAGACGUAUGGGAGCGGUAACUUGAAGCGUGUGGGUGUGAUUCUCCAGAGGGGAGUUCUGAUUCUGCUGCUGGCCUGUUUCCCUUGUUGGGCCAUCCUCAUCAACACUGAACCUCUCCUACUUGCUGUCAAACAGAGUCCAGAGGUCGCCAGCCUCUCCCAGCUCUAUGUGAAGAUCUUCAUGCCUGCUCUGCCGGCUUCUUUCAUGUACCAGCUGCAGGGGAGGUAUCUUCAAAAUCAGGGAAUUAUAUGGCCUCAAGUUAUAACUGGAGCAAUCGGAAAUGUCUUUAAUGCAAUAAUCAACUACGUCCUCAUCCAUCAGCUGGAUUUGGGUGUUGCUGGAUCAUCAGCAGCCAAUGCGAUCUCCCAGUAUUUGCUGGCAUCAGUCUUAUUCAUUUACAUAUGCCUGAGGGGUCUUCAUAAGGCCACAUGGGGAGGUUGGUCCCUCGAUUGUCUCCAGGAGUGGGGACCCUUUGUCCAGCUGGCUGUCCCCAGCAUGCUCAUGCUCUGUCUGGAGUGGUGGAUGUUUCAGGUGGGAGGGUUCCUGGCCGGUGUGAUCAGUGAGGCCGAGUUGGGAGCUCAGUCAGUAACCUAUCAGCUGGCCUCUUUAGCUUAUAUGUUUCCACUGGGGUUUGCUAGUGCUGCCAGCGUACGGGUUGGGAAUGCACUUGGUGCAGGAAACAUCGAGCAGGCCAAGCUGUCGUGCAAAGUCCCCAUCAUCUGUGCAUUCACAAUAGCAUGCUUUGUCAGUACUAUUCUUGGCAUCUCUAAAAAUGUCAUUGGAUACAUUUUCACCUCAGACCUAGAUAUUUUGCAGAGGGCUUCUGACGUCAUUGUGAUAUUUAGUUUCUUGCAUCUUGCUGAUGCCAUUGGGGCUGUGGCCGGAGGAGUUCUCAGAGGUGUAGGAAAGCAGCUGGUUGGUGCUCUGUGUAACCUGGUCGGGUACUACUUUAUUGGCUUACCCACUGGUGCGUCGCUGAUGUUUGCAGCCAAAAUGGGGAUUGUAGGAUUUUGGACAGGCCUUACGGUUUGCGUGUUAGUGCAGUCGAUCUUUUUCAUCACAUUUUUGUGCAGACUUGAUUGGAAGAAGGCUGCUGAAGAGGCCAAAGUGCGAGCAGGAGUCCGCGUCAAAGAAGAAAAAGACACGAUCAAGAUGGAAAAUAGAGAAUCUAAUCACAUCCAGACCCCAAUCAGUACUAUUGCAUCCAGUGGUGAGAGCGCCGGGGUGGACCACAUAUACAUGGAGAUGCAAAUACCAGAAGAGAGUAAAACCACCAACACCACUACAGUGGGAGAUGUUCUGUCAGUGUCACAGCUGGUGUUACGGCGCGGCCUGAUGAUACUCAUCAUGAUCCUCAUCCUCGCUGCUGGAAUCAUUACCAGCACCGUCCUCACUCCGCUGCUCAAAUGAUGCAACGUGGACAGUCGGACAAAAAGCAUAAAGUUUAUCUAAGUCAUAAAAAUGCACCUUCUUUUGUGGGAGGGUUACCUACACUGUUGAUUCAACAGAGGAACAGCUGUGUGCAGUUUGUGCCCCGUCUUACACUGUCCGGCCACAGAGAUGAAUUCAAUAAGAUGAAAAGGGCGGAAUAUGUAGUAAACCAAGGACAGCGUUACUAAGGCCUUUAAUGAAAAUGUGUGUAAAAUGAGGACACUGUUUGAUAAUGAUGAUCAGUUUGAUGACAGUUGAUCUUUGUGACACAUAGAACAUAAUGUACAUUUUAUCAACAGUCCUGUAUAAAGACAGUGAAAACAAGGAGACACAAAACAGAAGUAUGAGAAAGCAGAUCUCUUCAGGCACACUCUGUUCACUGGGACUAGACCUGAUCUUGAAGCCACAAAGAAAGCACUGUGCAUCUUUAUACAUUAAAUAGCUUUUUUCUGCUGACCUUUUUCCAGUGUUGGUGCAGGACAGUGAGAUCCAGGCCACAUUUCAGUUUGAAUAUAACAUAAAAAAAACUUAUGGUAAUGUGCAAAGAAAUCAAGGCCAGAAUCCACAGGCUGCAUUUGUGACUCAUUGGUGGUUAUUGUAGGGUGGAACUGGUUCCAGAUUAGGCACUUGGUCUGUUUUGGUGAAAGGAAGGUGAUAUGUAAGAUGCCAUAUUUCAGCCGCUCAGGUUGGGUUAUUGAAGGCUUUACAGAUUUGUUGAUGGUAACAUUCUUUACAGUCUGUAUUUUCAGAAUAAAAAUAUGACUGUGGUAUCACAUGAUGCCACAACUCAGCGGCUCAGGUUGGUUUAAUGUUUUUCAAAUGGAUAGCUUCGGUGCAGCUACUAAAAAUCUCAGAUGAGUUCGAAUUUCAGUGACUUUGAUCUCAAGGUCAGAGGUAACAUUUUCUGAAAAUCUUGUGAAUGCUAUAACUCAAGAACAGGCCGACGUAGGAUUCUGAAAUUGAUAAAAUCAUGUAUCUAGUAGGUUUUUUUUGUGAACUGUGGGGUAUUUUUCUUGUAGCAUUAAGCAUAAAAACUGAGAUUUGUCUGCCUAAAAGCUAAAUCAGAAAUACCAAAAGAAGAUUAAGGAUUUAAUUUAAUUUUGCCCUGUCUCUCUAAUUACGUUUGACAAUCAUUUAUGGUAAAUAAGACCAUAUCUGCACAUCUUCAUACAAUCACAAUCAAACGGGUGUACAGGUGUUCCUAAUAAACUGCUCCUCUAGUGUGUGACAUUCUCACAACAAGGGGUUAUUACCAUGGUAACACUUACCCUCAGACUGACUCAGUUUCCCACCAAUGACCUGACCCUGCUCCCUGAUGCUCACCUGUUUGUUUCCACUUUUCCAGAAUCUAAUGUAAAGUUUUUGUUUUUAUAUUUUUGCGCUGUUGAUUUUACUGAAUUUAAAUGUUCAGGUAACUCAACCCCUCUGAGGACAUUGCUGUGUAAAAGUAUUGUCCUGAUUCAUAAUAAUGUAACAAUAAAGUGUUUGCAAAGCGUUGAAGCAAUCACUUGAUAAUUUAUAAAUCACUGUCUUCUGGUCAUACUGGGCAGCUUUAAGUAUGAAUGUGUGUAUUUAUGUAUGAUUAAACAUUUACAACUUCACUGUAAAAUAAAUAAAUGAAUAAGAAUCUUAUUGAAGCAAACGUCAAAAAGUCGUCUCUUUGAAGUCACUCAGAGCUCACUUUAAGUCAUCAGUCUCAUCUCAGAGACAAGCACAGAGCUCAUCACUGAGCUACCCGUGGUAAUGACUUCUGUCCCACUCAGCCCCGUCUUGGUUCAGUCGUUUUCAGCUAUUUACUCAUUUCUGAUCUUUAGUUCUAG